ACUUUACAUUAUCGCAGAAUUUGUUGUUUCUUUAACCGUACAGACUACACGCUUCCCUAAAUCCCCUUUAACCGUACACAUUUAAUUCUUGUUACCGUGACAUCAUCAAAGAAUGAGAAUCUUGGCGGCGUUUUACACACUCUUGAUCUUCAAGGGGGCCUUCUGCGGGAAGAACCUCAGACUUUUGGACUCUUAUAAUGGGUCAACCCAACUGAAUUCUCACGUUCUCGAUCUCGCAAAGCCGGACGAGAACUUUGUGGAGGUAUCUUGUACCGAUGACCCUACGGGAGUCUCCCAAAAGGGAUACAAUGUGAAGGAUGACCAUGUAGUAUCCUCAGUGGUAGAGGACGGUCAGGAGAUCUGGAAGGCAGCCGAAGGAUCCGAGGAAUCCUGCACACUCGCACUUGUUGGCUCAAAGGAACAAGACGCCCUGUUGACCCUUCACGUUCGAAAUGGAACUUCAUUCACCUUCUUUUACUUUGAAAAGGUUGGUGGAGCAUGGAAGGAUGUCCAUGAAGAUGAGUUUCAGGCAAAGUAUGAUGAGAUGAGUAACAAAGCUAACCAGCAUGCAGAGAAUGCUCAGGCUGAGGAUGGGCCAAAAAAUGGUAGACAUCUAAGAGAGUCUCAGGCAUUCCAGUCUGAAAAUGAUGUAGAAACUGCCCAUAAUGGUGAACAGGAUGGUCAGAAUGGAAAAUAUGAACCGAGGGACGAUGUCGUAGAUCUCGCUCAUCCUACAAUUUCCAGUGUGACUGUGGACAGCAAGGGAGUAAAGCAGACAAAGUAUUCCCUCGGUGAGCACCUUGGCAUAUCCUCAGUAGUUUAUGGCAGUCAACACCUAUGGCAUGUCGGUCCGGAUGAUAAGAGGUGCACAGCUUUGGAGUCUUUUGAAAGGGACGGCACCUUCCUCUUGGUUGUUGGUGUUUACGACAAUGGCAUAACCGUUACUGUGCCAUUUGAAAAGGUGGGAGAAAAGUUCAAGAAAUUGUCUGAGCAAGUCUUUAAUAGCAAGUUCCAUAGCUUGAUGGAGGAAAAGCCAAUUCCUUCCAGUCACUCGGGUCCACACACCAUUGACAUUUCAGCCUCGGCCUUGUUCCCAUGUCACUCAUUCAAAUUCCACUUUGACGAUAUUCCAGUCACAGUGCUAAUGCCAUGGGUGGAGAACUUACACAUUACAAAGCUCGUGGAUGGAGAGGAUACAGUUGCUGAAGCCACUCUUGGGGGAAACUUUGCAUGGAUUGCCAUUCACACAAAUGAAGAGAGAAAGCCUGAUAUGGUCAUGGUUCCAGGUGGUUCGGCAAAGUAUACGCUAUAUAAGAAGAACGGCGACGAAUGGACAGAGUGCCAGGGACUCGGUGCAAUGAACAAGUACAGGGCUCCCGUAGAGAAGAAGAGAGAGUUUAUUCUUGAUGUUUCUGCUACAACCGAGGACGAAAACUUCCAAGUAUUUGGAGGAGAGUUGCAGGCAUUCUUACUUCGUGCCUAUUUCCCAAGAGCCGGUUCCUACGCCACUGAGGUCGUCCAUGGCAGAUCUAAAAUCUGGAAGGCGGCGGAAGGCACAGAUGAGAGAUGUCUUUACUCUGAGAUUUCUUCCGCAGAAACUUCCUGCCUACUCAUCCUAUCUACAGACGGAGACAAAAAGUUUUCCUUUAGGUAUUUUGAGAAUACCGCUCUCGGAUGGAUGAGUACCCUCGAAAAUGAUUUUGUUUUGGAUAGGGAGUAA